CACGGGAUUGCCAAGUAACAAAACCACUCUCUCGGUCGCCGGCGUCGGGCUUAGAAACUUUGGACCCCUCCAUCAAUCACUUUCCAUAGCGGAAGCCCCGAAAGACUCGCGCUCAACCCCAGAAUAUUUGCCCCGCGAUACCUUAUUUUUUUUUUACCUUGCUCUUUUUUCUGAAUCCUUCUCUCCUAUACACAGAGAUCAAUUUUCCGGAAUAGCAGCCAAGAUGCCCAUGCUCAAGGAACCGUGGAAGAAAUACAAGGCGUUCCCGCCGUUGAACCUGCCUGAUCGCCAAUGGCCUUCAAAAACCCUCGACAAGGCGCCUCGGUGGCUGUCUACCGAUCUGCGCGAUGGUAACCAGAGUCUGGUCGACCCAAUGAGCGGCGAUGAGAAGUGGCGCUACUUCAAGAUGCUGGCCGACAUUGGCUACAAGGAGAUUGAGGUUUCCUUCCCUUCCGCCUCGCAGACCGAUUUCGAUUUCACACGCCGCCUGGUCGAGACGCCCGGCACCGUUCCCGACGAUGUCUGGCUGCAAGUCCUGUCACCCUGUCGCGAGGACCUGAUCAGACGCACCGUCGAGUCCAUGAAGGGCGCCAAGAAGGCCAUUAUUCACAUCUACCUCGCCACUAGUGAGUGCUUCCGGAAAGUGGUUUUCAACUUCUCUCAGGAAGAGACUCUGGAGCUGGCCACGCGAUGUGCGAAGCUGGUUCGGUCUCUGACCAAGGACGACCCUUCCACGGCCGGCACCGAAUGGGCCUUUGAGUUCAGUCCCGAGACCUUUUCUGAUACCGAGCCAAACUUUGUCCUCCAGGUCUGCGAGGCUGUCAAGGCUGCCUGGGAGCCUUCGGUGGAAAACCCCAUCAUCUUCAACCUGCCCGCCACGGUUGAACUGGCCACACCCAACGUAUAUGCCGACCAGAUUGAAUACUUUUGCCGAAACAUUUCGGAGCGCGAGAAGAUUUGCGUUUCGCUCCAUCCCCACAAUGAUAGAGGUACGGCCGUGGGCGCCGCAGAGUUGGCACAAAUGGCCGGUGCAGACAGAGUCGAGGGCUGCCUGUUUGGCAAUGGCGAGCGGACGGGCAACGUCGACCUAGUCACUCUGGGUCUCAACCUCUACACACAGGGUAUCCACCCCAACAUUGACUUUUCAGAUCUCGGCAGCAUCAUCGACAUGGUCGAGACAUGCAACAAGAUUCCCGUACACCAGCGAGCUCCGUAUGGUGGCUCCCUGGUCGUGUGUGCCUUCAGUGGCUCCCACCAGGACGCCAUCAAGAAGGGCUUCGAGCUCCGGGAGCGCGAGAACAAGGCCUUUGACGACCAGUGGCAGAUGCCCUACCUGCCGCUGGAUCCUGCCGACAUUGGACGCACAUACGAGGCUGUCAUUCGUGUCAACUCACAGAGCGGCAAGGGAGGCGCUGCCUGGAUCAUCCUGCGUGGCCUGUCCCUGGAUCUGCCGCGCGGUCUGCAAGUUGCCUUUUCCAAGGUCGUCCAGAAGAGAGCCGACGAGCUUGGCCGAGAGCUGCUGCCCUCUGAAAUCACAGAGCUCUUUGAGCAGACCUACUUCCUCAGCAACAACCCGCGCUUCAGCAUCGUCGACUACAACAUCUCCACCGAUAGGUCCAGAUCGCCGGCGCCUGUGGCACCCGGCAAGACACCCGUCACAAAGGAUCUCAUGCGUGUGUUUAACGGUGUGAUUUCCGUGGACGGAAGGGAGUUUAAGCUCGAGGGUCGCGGCAACGGUCCCAUUUCCAGUUUGGCCAACGCCCUAAGAGGCGUCGGCGUCAACUUGGAUGUCCAGGACUACAAGGAGCACGCUAUCGGUAGGGGUCGGGAUGUCAAGGCUGCUACGUACAUAGAAUGUACGGCGGCUGGAAGCAACAUGAAGGUGUGGGGAGUGGGUAUUCACGAAGACGUGGUACAGAGUUCUAUGAUUGCCCUCUUGAGCGCGGCUAGCAACUUCGCUUCUAGUCGGCCGGGAAGCCCGUUUGUUGCCAAGCCCGUGAGCGUGGAUGGCCAUGUUGCUGAGCUGAAUCUGAAUGGCAGUCCCAGUAAGGUGAACGGGUCUUCCUAAGUUGAUAGGCUAUUGGAUGUUUCGGAUAUACUUGGACGAGAUGGGAAAAAAAAAAAGAGGAAGAGGGAAGAAGCAAGAUGCUGUGUGGAUGAUGGAUGGAAGAGUCACAUGUUGCAAAAAAUCUAUACCUUGAGGAAGAUGAAAGUGCUGAGGUUGCAGGACGGGAAAACAAAAAGGAGGGCCCUUUUAGGGCAGAAAAAUUGCAUCAGAGGAUGUUGAGUGAAUUUGAUGUGUAUACUAUUUGUUUCGAGGAAACAAAGUGUUUGCUUUUAUCAUUCAAGGGCAGAAAGGCUGCGUCAAAUGAUGUUGUUGGGUAAAUUUCAAGUGUAUACUACUUGUUUCCAGGAAGAAGAUGCUUGCUUUCGUUGUUUGAUAUAAAUCGUUGAGCAUCAAUUACAACCAUUUACUUGGAC